UCACCCUAUUCCCCCUUUUCUCUCCUUCAUAUCAAUCUCAUUUCUCUUUCUCUCGACCCCAAUACACAUUCCCUUUUCUUUUUUUUUUUCCUCUUCGUCGUCGUCUAUAUAAUUUUCCACACAAACAAAAAAUAAAAUCCUUUUUUCUUCCGCCCUUUUAAUUUUUGUUAUAUUUUAAUAGUUUACUUUAUUUCUUUCUUUCCAGCAAACAAUUGCAAAACAAAUCCCCUUGUUCAUCCAGUUCCUAGAAGCUUCUCCUCUAAUAAUAGUCUUCGAGUUGUUGUGUUCAUGGGAUGGAUUUGACAACAACAUGAAGACGCUAUGAUAACUUGUGAUCUUGUUGGUAGCCCGAAGAGAUAGAUACGCAGAACAAAAGGAAAAAAAUCAAUUGAUUCAUAUAUGAUAUCUGAGAUGAGGCCCAGUCAAUCUCCACCGCCCAACGCCAUCAACAACCAUCACCACCACCAAAUCAACAACAACAACAACAGCAGGGACCGCCGCCGCCGCAAGGACCUCACCCUGCCGCUUCCGCAGCGGGACACCAACCUCGCCGUGCCCCUCCCACUCCCUCCUACCUCCGCCCCCAGCUCCGGACCUAGCGGCCACCAGAUCAUCCCCUUCUCCGAGCUGGAGCGCCUGAACCGCAUCGGGAGCGGCAGCGGCGGCACCGUCUACAAGGUCCUCCACCGCACGACGAACCGCGUUUAUGCCCUGAAGGUGAUCUACGGUCACCACGAGGAUUCGGUGCGUCGGCAGAUCCACCGCGAGAUCCAGAUCCUCCGGGAUGUGGACGAUCCGAACGUGGUGAAGUGCCACGACAUGUACGACCACAACGGUGAGAUCCAGGUGCUUCUGGAGUUCAUGGACGAAGGCUCCUUGGAAGGGAAACACAUCCCUCAGGAGAAUCACCUGGCGGAUCUGGCUCGCCAGAUCCUGAGGGGGCUGGCCUACCUGCACCGCCGCCACAUCGUGCACCGCGACAUCAAGCCGUCGAACCUGCUGGUCAACUCACGGAGGCAGGUGAAGAUCGCUGACUUUGGCGUUGGGAGGAUCCUGAACCAGACGAUGGAUCCCUGCAACUCGUCGGUGGGGACGAUCGCGUACAUGUCACCGGAGAGGAUCAACACGGACAUCAAUGACGGACAGUACGACGCCUACGCCGGAGACAUAUGGAGCCUGGGGGUGAGCAUUUUGGAGUUCUACAUGGGGAGGUUCCCCUUCGCGGUUGGGAGGCAGGGCGACUGGGCCAGCUUGAUGUGCGCGAUUUGUAUGUCUCAGCCACCAGAGGCGCCGCACACGGCGUCGCCUGAUUUUAGGGAUUUCGUGUCGCGGUGCCUGCAAAGGGAUCCUUCUAGAAGGUGGACUGCUUCGAGGCUGCUCUCACACCCGUUCAUUACGCAUGGCGUCCAGCAGCAGACUCAGAUUUCUCACAAUCUCCAUCAGCUGCUCCCUCCUCCCCCCAGACCCCUCCCUUCCUAGUAAUCUUAAUCCCCUCCCCUUUUCUCUUUUGUAUUUCUCUUUCUGUCAUAUCAUAUCAAUCAAUGACUUUUCUUUUCUGUAUUUUUUGGAUGACAAUAUGGGAUUAAUCGAAGAAUCCAUAUAUUGGACGGCCUUUUUCUUUCCA